AUGUCGAUGCCACAUAGCAGCUCAAGCACGACAAGUUCUAGUACAAAACGCAAGGAGAUAUACAAAUACCAGGCACCAUGGCCGCUGUACUCAAUGAACUGGUCUGUACGACCUGACAAACGGUUCCGUCUCGCACUUGGUAGCUUUGUUGAAGAAUAUAAUAACAAGGUACAAAUAAUAUCUCUAGAUGAGGAGACGAGUGAGUUUAGUGCCAAGAGCACAUUCGACCACCCAUACCCCACCACUAAGAUCAUGUGGAUCCCAGACAGCAAGGGAGUCUACCCUGACCUACUGGCGACCAGUGGUGAUUACCUUCGCAUCUGGCGUGCUGGGGAACCAUACACUCUCUUCGAAUGUGUACUGAACAACAAUAAGAACUCAGAUUUCUGUGCCCCGCUCACAUCGUUUGACUGGAAUGAAGUGGACCCUAACCUCAUUGGCACCAGUAGCAUUGAUACAACUUGCACUAUAUGGGGACUGGAGACUGGACAGGUGCUCGGCAGGGUCAACGAGGUGUCUGGCCAUGUGAAGACACAACUAAUUGCACAUGAUAAGGAGGUGUACGACAUCGCCUUCAGUCGCGCGGGCGGUGGACGCGACAUGUUCGCGUCGGUGGGAGCUGACGGCUCUGUACGGAUGUUCGACCUGAGACAUCUCGAACACUCCACUAUAAUUUAUGAGGACCCCCAACACACGCCCCUGCUCCGGCUGGCGUGGAACAAGCAGGACCCGAACUACCUCGCCACGGUGGCCAUGGACGCCUGCGAGGUCAUCAUACUCGACGUCCGCGUCCCCUGCACGCCCGUCGCCAGGCUCAACAACCACCGCGCCUGCGUCAACGGCAUCGCCUGGGCGCCGCAUAGUUCAUGCCACAUCUGCACCGCGGGCGACGACCACCAGGCGUUAAUAUGGGACAUCCAGCAGAUGCCGCGCGCCAUCGAGGACCCCAUCCUGGCAUACACGGCCGCCGAGGGGGAGGUCAACCAGAUACAGUGGGGCGCCACGCAGCCUGACUGGAUCGCCAUCUGCUACAACAGACAUACUGAGAUACUGCGCGUUUAA